UUUGGGAAGUGCCAUCUAUUGACAAAAAAGUGAACAAGUAUUAAAAAAAUGUAAACAAAUACAAUCGCUUAUCAUGUUUAUUUUAUUAUCCAAAUUAAAGCAAGGUCAGGACAUUUGCAGUAGUACAGUGUGCUUACACAGGAGAAAAUUUGAAUAAUGUAGCAAAGAAAACAUAUUAAGUGAUGAAAUACCGUUGUUGUGCAAUUAAUAUUUUUUUUUUAAAAAAAAGAAAUACCUUAAAAUCUUACUUUUGCGUUUUGCAUAGUAGAAAAGACAUUUGUUGAUUCCAAUGCAUAUUUUACGGCUAAAUCCGGUUUUGUUGAGAUGCUUGUCAUCUCAAGUUGCUCAUCAUUCGAACAAAUAUUUACGAGCUGGAUCAUGGAAUUGUGUGUCAACAAUAAAUCAGAUUCAGAUUGAAAAUAAGCUUACAAGAAAACAUUAUUCAUCAUCAUCAGAACAGAAUCACCAUAAAAUUUUUUAUUCGUCUGCAUUAUUUGGUGCUUGUGCUGUGUCUUGUGGUGUUGCUCUGUGGUGCUUUAAUAAUUUAAAACUCUAUGCUGAUAAACCAGCAGAUGCUGCAGAUGUCGCUGGUCGUGAGAUUCCUGGUCUUCCCGAGUACACUGCCGAUGAUAUAGCCAAACAUGACAGUGCCGAGAAAAAAAUCUGGGUGUGCUACAAGAGUGGCGUUUACGACAUCACAGAUUUCAUAGCCAAACACCCUGGUGGUGACAAGGUACUAAUGGCUGCUGGUGGAGCAUUGGAACCUUUCUGGGAACUCUUCGCUGUUCAUAAAAAUACGCAGGUUCUGAAAAUGUUAGAAGAAUAUAGAAUCGGGAAUUUGCGACUUGAAGAUAGAAGUGUGGAACAUCAGAACAAAGACGAUCCUUUUGCUAUGGACCCUCGUCGCCAUCCCAUUCUAGAACCACGUUCAGUGAAGCCUUUUAACGCAGAACCUCCUAAAGAUCUUUUGGUAGAAAAUUUUUUAACGCCUAAUGAAAUAUUUUUCGUGCGGAAUCAUCUUCCUGUCCCUGAAGUUGAUCCAGUAGAAUAUGAACUCGAAAUUUGUGGGAGAGGAAUCAAACCAAUAGUAUUAAAGCUGGAUGAUAUUAAGAAAAAAUUCAAGAAACAUACCAUAACUUCAGCAGUACAAUGUGCAGGGAACAGACGUUCAGAAUUAAACAAAGUUAAAGAAGUGAAAGGUUUGAAUUGGGGAUCAGCUGCAAUAGGAAAUGCAGAGUGGAGUGGUGCUCUAUUGUAUGAUGUUCUGAAAUACGCUGGAGUGGAUUUUAAUGAUCCGAAAAUCGAACAUGUGCAGUUUGAAGGUUUAGAUACUGAUCCAUCUAAUGCACCCUAUGGAGCUUCCAUUCCUGCUAUGAAGGCUUUUAACCCACAAAAUGAUGUAUUAUUAGCUUACGAAAUGAAUGGAAAGGAACUCCCCAAAGAUCAUGGUUUUCCAAUAAGAGUCAUAGUCCCAGGAGUUGUUGGUGCACGGAAUGUGAAAUGGCUUGGCAAAAUAAUUGUUAGUGAAGAAGAAAGUAAAAGCCACUGGCAAACAAACGAUUAUAAGGGUUUUUCUCCUUCCACUAACUGGGAUAAUGUGGACUUUUCCAAGUCCCCAGCUAUUCAAGAACUUCCUGUAAAUUCUGCUAUUUGCAAACCUAGUGAGAAUAGUACAGUACAAUUGCAAGAUGGCAAAUUAAAAAUAGAAGGAUAUGCUUGGAGUGGAGGUGGAAGGAAAAUAGUUCGAGUUGAUGUUUCAAUUGAUGGUGGAAAAACAUGGCAAGUUGCUGACUUGGUUCAAGAUUCUAGUCCUCUGUAUAGAUGCUGGGCUUGGACUUUAUGGAAAGUCAACAUUCCAGUUGAGGUUCCAAAUAAGUCAAAACUUGAGAUUAUUUGUAAAGCCGUUGACUCAUCAUAUAAUGUUCAACCAGAUUCUUUCCCACCUAUCUGGAAUUUACGAGGUGUUUUGGGAAAUGCAUGGCAUAAAAUAAUUGUGCAAGUUCAGAAAUAAUUUUUUAUGAAUAAAAAGUUGCAAUUUUCAGAGAUUAAUUUUUUAUAAAUAAAUAUUUAUUCAACUGUUGUUUAUUGAAAAAUAUUUGUACAUGUUCAAGGUCAGAAAUAAAUGUAUUUACAAAUAAAA